AUUGGCUUUCUACACCCGUAUGAACGAAAUAUUGCAGCGACGAGACGAAAGUGCGUCGGCGAGCACGCAUCUAGUGCGAAUACUGUUUGGAUGCGGUUUGGUGUCAACAGCUCAGGACACUGGAUACCCGGCAGGCUUGUUUGCUGACUGUCCCGGCAUGAAUCGCACCACGAAAUUAUCAGAGGAAACGAAGCUCUCGCUCUCUGUGGUCGUUUUUUGGCCCAAGUCUCAUAUAUUUGAAAUUAACGAAAAGAAAUGCAACUUCGGUCCAGACGGAGCCGCGUGUAUCGCGAGUGUUUUACACUUCAAACGGAGAAAAACACAGGUGCUGAUCAGCGGCUACUUGGACGCUUCAUUCUCUCCCAUGGCGCGGAUGGUGCUGGAUCCCUACCUCAAGCUGGGACGCAAUGUUAUUGUCAUGGAGAUAUUUCCUAUAUUAUAUCGCAGCUAUCCUAUCGCAGCUCGCCUAACCAAGCCUCUGGGCUACCUGCUGGGUGAGCUCUUGGCUCAGUUGUCACACCGCGGUCUCUCGCACAAGGACAUGGAGCUGCUGGGCGGCAGCCUCGGUGCGCAUAUUGCUUACUACGCCACCGUCAAGUACCAUCAGCUGACGAACAGAAAGCCAAUGAGACUUACUGGACUGGACCCGGCAGGUCCGUGUUUUCGCAACUUGCCACCAGAUGACAGGUUCAGCGAGAGCGGGGCGCACAUGGUAGACGCGCUGCACACCAACAUGGACAGCUUCGGCCUGGCUGAUACUAUCGGCCACGUUGACAUAUAUGCUAAUGGUGGAGAAUAUCAACAAUCAAUGGUGAAUGGUUUCCUGUUACCUUGUCUGACGCUGUGCAGUCACAUGCGCGCCGCCAUGUACUGGGUGUCUGCGCUCAACAAUGCGGACAAAUUCCUUGCUAUACGAUGUCAAUCUGUCACUAAAGCACGACAUGGAGACUGCUAUGAUCAAAAAUUAGAAACCAACGUAUUAGGAUCGAAUACAGACUUCAAUCGACCUGGUAUUUACUAUUUACCGACAAAUGAAACUGACCCAUAUUAUAUAUAUAAAGAUGCUUUAGUAAAAAGACCUUAUGGACCAAAUGCUUAUCUACAGAAAGUCUCUCCCGAUGAAGAUAUGAUUAUAUAAGUGCAAUAAAAAUAUAUAUUUUAUA